AUGCAGCAUGUUUUUUAUACAGUUUUUAUUCCUCAGAUUAUUGGAAUCGCCCAUAUAAUACUUGGGAAACUCUCACUAAUUGGGAUGAGUUUUUUAAAGAAAAAGUUCACCAUUCAAGUUUGCAUGAUUCACACUUCUGCUUUAUCAAAGGAACUCGAAAUAUUAGAAGGAGAAUUUGAACCUAAUACAAAACAAGGAAAGAAAAUUGCUAGUCUCCUCAGGACUCUAAAGAAAGUACAAGUAAAUCUUAGAAAAACAAAACUGGAUGAUGACAGUGAAGAAAUUUACUGUCAAAGUAUUGAAGAAAUGCAAGAAAAUCAUGUUGAUGAGAUUUCUCAGUUGGAUAGACACCUUUCUAUACUUUUAAAGUGGUCUGUUAUAAAUAGCAAGCUUUUUGAGAUACCUGCAACUCCACCAACUAUUCUGAGACCUGCUCUCCACUUUCAUAAUCUCAAAGUAGUACUUGAAGAAUAUCCUGAUCUACAAGCUAAUAAUAUUUUAGAUGCAUUGCUUAAAAAUAAAAAAAUUGAAAUGGUGGCUACUUGCCACCUAUCAGAAACUCAUGUAAAGAUUCAAAUGUGGUCAAAAUUUUUAUCAGAUUCAUUUGUUUUGAAUCAAAUUCGAUUUGAACCAACCUGGAAACUUAAUCACCUUUUUUCUGAAAAUGUUAAGAAAGGUUUUGAGGUUCACAAGGAUUUUGCAGUUGUUGUUUGUGAAGAUGUAUUUGAACUAAAUAAAAUUUUAGUGAGGACACAAAGUCUUUUGCCUGAAGAAAUAAUUCAAAUUAAGGUACAUGUUGGACUCAUUAUUGAUAUAUCUAUUAAUUUGGGUGUAAUUAGACCAAUAUUUAAUAAUGAUAAGACAGCAGUACUCUUUGCAUAUGAUUAG